AGCGCGACCUCACAGUCUAAGCAUGCGGCGCGGUUCCUCAGACUGGCCAUGGCCAGCAUAAUGGACAUUCUGAAAAUCAAACCGUUCGUGGAGGUUUCCGUUGGGCAGCUGCUUUGGGGCUACGAAGACCCGCUACUGAAGCUGGCCAAAGAUGUGGUGCCCAAAGAGCAGAAGCUGCCCUACGAGGAGUUCGGCCUGAUGUACAAUAAAAACGGCACUUCCAAAGACUCGGUGACAAUGUUCACGGGCGCCAGUGAUAUUACGAAAUAUGGACUAAUUGACAAGUUCAAUGGGGCCUCCAUGCUGACGCACUACACUGAGGACCGAUGCAACGACAUCACGGCUUCGGAUGGCUCGAUUUUCCCGCCGCACCUAACCAAGAACAGCACGAUUUACAUCUUCGACAAGGACCUUUGCAGGAAACUGCCCCUGGUUUUCGACAAGGAAAUCAUGGGAUCCAACGACGUGCCCGGGUACAGAUUCACGCCGCCCAAAAACGUCUUCGGGAGCGUAAGCGAAAAUCCCGACAACAUGUGCUUCUGUCCUCAAGGCCCACCUUGUGCUCCUUCUGGCUUCUUCAACGUGUCCUUGUGUCAAUAUGAUUCGCCAAUUCUGCUCUCCUUCCCUCACUUCUACUUGGCCAACGACAGCUACCGGACAGCUGUGGAGGGAAUCAGUCCUCCCGAUCCGGAAAAACAUCGGUUUUUCAUCGAUGUCCAGCCAGGUCUGGAUAAUCUUCCGGAAGCAAUGACAGGUCUGAUGAAGCUGGCCACCUCAGUACCACCAAUAGCGCAUGCAGCUCUAUCCGGGAUUCUGUUCGCUGUCGGGGUUCUGCUGCUAAUCGUGGCCAUUUGGAGGCUGGUUCGAGGUGCCAACCGACUGAACUCUUUGCAACUGGCGCCCGGACACGUCGGCACUCCGGCCAACAAGGGCAAAGACGUGCAGCUGAGCAACGUGCCCAAAUACUGAGCCACUCACACUUCAUCCGUCCCUUCGCUAUUGCUCAAUGUGACAUCCGUAGUGGGUAAACAGGAAUUUUAAACGCAAGGAAAUUAAAUACAUUCUGUGAUAGAUUUUAUCGGUAAUAUGCGCGGUUUGUACUUAUCAUACACGCCCGUUCGAUGCGCAAUGAAAGGGUGGAGCGCCUCAGUUUCAACCGUUUUCAAUGCUGCGACCUACUUGAUUAGUUUGCAUGUAAACUAUCGAGAGCGAAAUGUUCAUCCCAAAGCCCUUUUAGACAACGAACCAGGAAUAUUGAUCAAACUGUAUGGAUAAGUUUUAGUACAAGAACCCUUGUAGGUGUAGGUUAAACUAUCAAGUAACUUGGUCAUCUCCUAGUUUUUAUCCCCAUCGGGUUCGAAGUUUGUGCUUUCUUUGCCGAUAACAACUUUUUUUAGUGAACAUGCUAGUUUUUUCCAUAAUUUGCCCCAGAAACACCACUAAGAAAAGCUGUUGGUAAAGCGAUCAUCCACAAAUCAGUACAUUUUGAAUUUUAAUCGCUAGGGGAUCAAAACUAGGAAAAUACCAGCAAAUUUUGUAAAUAAAGUUUUUUACUGUGUGAAUAGUGUCAUUUUUAAUAGGUUUUAAUGGACGUAACCUAGUUAUAUAACUUGAUGUUUGGACCAAUCGAAACUAACAUGUCUUACUAGGAAAAAUUAGGAUUUUUUCAGUCGUUUCCGCAUAAAUGUCUGGUUAUUUGUAUCAUAUUGAGUAGGAACUACAAAAUACAUUUUAUAAAUAUA